AUGAAGGUCACCACUAUCGCAUCCGUUCUCUGCCUCGCUGCGACCCAGCUUGUCGCUGCCGACACCGUCGUCACCUCAACGGCGACAAAUACGAUCACCCAAACGGUUUACCGUGUUACUGCUGAAACCGCCGCUGAGAGCCUGUCUGCCACUCCUCUCAGCUCUUCCCCAAGCCCUACAGGCUCUGUGGCCUCCAGCUAUGCGCACCACGCUAGUACUACGCCGACUAGCUCAACCAACACAGCUAGUCCAUCAGCUACUUUGAACUCCGCUGCUGGAACCUUCGAUGCCAGCAUGCCCGUUGCGCUUGCUGCUGGCUCUAUGGCUCUCCUGUUGAGCUACCUGUGA